AUGUUAUGUCCUUCAAAAAUAAAACAUGGAGAGAAAUCAUGUAGAAAUAUAUUUUCUUACGUUUUUCAAAAAAAAAUAAAAAGAAAAAGAAAAGAAAAUGAAUAUGUAUUUGGAAAGAAUAUAAUAAAUGAGCUUAUAUGUAGUCCAGAUAGUAUCAAAAAAAAUGAUAUAGAAGAUGAAAAAAAAAAAUAUAUAUAUAAUGAAGAAAAGGAAGGGACUUGUAUAUCUAAUUUUGUAAAUGAAAAGAAUAAAAUAAUUUAUGAUAAUAUAAAAGAUCUAAAUAAAUAUUGUAUAGACAAAUUUAAAAAGUAUAAAUGUGAUCUUUAUAUAUCUACUUCAUCUAAUAGAGAAUAUGUAACUUAUUAUAUAUAUGAUUUUUUUUUAAACUCUGGAUUAUUAAAAGGGUAUCAAACAAAUGAAACUACACACAAAAUAAGUGAUAGUACUAUGAAUGGUAUUAAUAUGAAUGGUAGUAAUAUGAAUAGUAGUAAUAUGAAUAGUAUUAAUAUAAAUAGUAGUAAUAGUAUUUAUAGUCUUUGUAGUAAUUAUCUUGUGGGUGAAAAAAAAAAAAAAUAUAAUAAAUUUUGUUCACAAAAUUUUAUGGAAUAUUAUAAAAAUUUUGUUGCACAAAAAAAUAUUUUUUAUAUAAAAAAUAUAAAAAGAAUAAAAAAAGUACAAGGUAAUUAUUUAUUUAAUUUAAUAAAUUAUUGUGAAUCUCAUAAAAAAGAAUUCUUAUUAUCAUGUUUAGAACAUAAAAAAAUUGAUAACAUAAAUCUGGAUAAUUAUAUUAAGUUAAGUCUUAUAAAAAAUUUCCAUAUAAAAUAUUUGACAAGUGUUCAAUAUGCUACCUUUCCAAUAUUUUUUAAAAAUUAUGAUUUAUUAAUAUCAUCAUUUAAAAGCUCAGGUAAAACAUUAUGUUAUAUGAAUUGUCUGUUACAUAAAAUAAUAAUACAAAUAAAUAAUAUAAAAAAGAAAACAAAUAUAAAAGAUAAUUAUGUUUUAGCUUUAAUAAUAUGUCCAAAUAUUUUAUUAGUUGAACAAUCUUAUGGUGUUUUAAAAAAAUUAAUUAUGUAUCAUCCAUAUAAUAUUAUAUGUCAUUAUAUGCAUGGAAAGAAAUAUAUAAAUAUACAAGAUGAAUUGAAAAAUAUAAAAAAAAAAAAACCACAUAUUAUUAUAAGUACACCUGCAUAUCUUAUAAAUUUUAUAAAAUAUUUCAAACAAUUUUCAAAUAUGUUUUUUUUAUGUGAUACAUUAAUAAUUGAUGAAGCACAUUUUCUUCUAGAUAAUAAUUAUAUGAAAAAUAUAUUAAUAAUAAAAAAUAUAUUGCCAAAAUCUCAUCAAACGAUAUUAUUAACAUGUAUUGUUAAUAAUUUUCUUAAAAAUUUAGCAUAUAGAUUUUUAAGAUUGAAUUAUAUACAUAUAAAUUUUAUAAAUAAUUGUAUAUAUGAUAAACAAUUAGUCAAUGCUUCUAUAAAUACAAAACAACAACAAAAAGAAAAAGAAUUAAAAGAAGAAAAAGAAAAAAAAGAGGAAAAAGAAAAAAAAAAUAACGUUAUUAAAAAUAUUCAAUAUAUUACAAAUAAUAUAUAUCAUAUGAAUAAAAAUAAAUAUAAAAGAAUUAUUCAAAAUGUUUAUAAUACAAUUAUCAAUUUUAAUCUACAAUUAUAUAACAUAUUAAAUAACAAACAUAUGUAUCCACAUAAUAAUAUACUUUAUUGUGAAAAUAUAGGAAAACUCUGGUACCCUAAAGAAGCAAACAUAUUUUUUCAAAACAUUCAAAAUGAAAAUAAUUUAAAUAAUCAUAAUGAUAUUAUUAAAAAAAAGACAAAUAUUAUCUCAUCCAAUUUAAAUUAUGAUACACACAUAUAUAGUUCAUCAGAAGAAUCAAAUUAUAUCUUACCAUUUUCAAAAAAAAAAAAAGAGAAUAUAAAAAAAUUAAAAUUAAAUAAUAGCGAUUAUAAUAGAUAUCAUUGUUCUCAUCACAAUAAAAAUAAUGACAUAUAUAUACCUACACAUAUACUCUUAAAACAAGAAUAUUUAAUAUAUGAAGCUAAUAAAUUAUCAUUAAUAUUAUUUAAUAUUUUACAUAACGAACUAAUAACAAAUAAUAAUAUAAAUAUUGUAAUAUUUAUGCCUACAGUAAAAAUAUUACAAUUCUUUUAUGUUAUAUAUAAACAUUAUAUAUUUAAAGGAUAUAUAUUCUUAUUAUAUUUAAAAUUAAAAAAAAUCAAAUGGAAACACUCACAAGACAUUAAAUCGUAUAUUUUAGAUCAUUCUACAUAUUAUGAUAAAGAUAGCGUAAAUUUUACAGUAUCUUCAAAUCCUUAUAUAAUAACAAAUGAUAAUACAUCUGAUCAAAAUAUUAAUGCUAUUAAAUUGGUCGACCAAAAAGAUAAUUAUAUAAAUAAUCAAAAGGAUAAUUAUAUAAAUAAUCAAAAGGAUAAUUAUAUAAAUAAUCAAAAGGAUAAUUAUAUAAAUAAUCAAAAGGAUAAUUAUAUAAAUAAUCAAAAGGAUAAUUUUACAAAUAAUCAAAAGGAUAAUUUUACUAAUAACCAAAAAGAUAAUUUUACUAAUAACCAAAAAGAUAAUUUUACUAAUAACCAAAAAGAUAAUUUUACAAAUGAACACAUGUGUAAUUAUCUAUUAAAUUAUAUACAACAAUUUACAGAAGAAUAUGAAGAAUUAAAAGAUAUUUCUAUUUUAUCAUUACAUAGUAAAAUGAGUCUAGAUAAAAAAAGAUAUACUUUAAAUUGUUUUAAUGAUACCAACAUAAAUAAUCAUGAUGAUGAAAAAAAAAAAAAAAAAAAAAAAAAAAAAAUCUUAUUUGCCACAUCAUUAUUACAUCAAGGUAUAGAAUUAAAUAAAGUUAAUCUUGUAAUACAAUUAGGAAUGUCUAAAAAUAUUGAUGAAUAUAUUUUAAGAACUAACAUAGUUACAACAAAAUAUACUAGUGGUAGGAGUUUAUUAUUAUUAAAUGAAUUAGAAGCUCACUAUCUAUAUAUUCUUUACAAAAAUAAUAUUCCUAUCACUCCUAUAAAUAAAAAUUAUAUUAAUAUGGUUUAUAAAAAUAAUCUAUUAUUACAACAUUUGUUGAAAUAUAAAUAUGAUAUGGCAACUAAUGAAGAGCAAAAUAUAAACACAGAUAUAAAAAAUAAAGGUGAUAAAAUAAUGAAUGGCACUAAUAAAAAUAUAAAUGAUAAAUAUAUAUAUGAUGAUAAAUAUAUAUAUGAUGAUAAAUAUAUAUAUGGUGAUAAAUAUAUAUAUGAUAAAUAUUUAUAUGAACAAAAUAAUUCUUCUAUUCAAAUACAAACAUUUAAUAAUUAUUUGCAUAAAAACGAUGAUAACAAUUUCUUUCAAUAUAAUUACCACAACGAAAAAGAUUAUCAAAAUAUUUUUUUUACAUUUAAUAUAAAACAUAUAGAAUGGCAUAAAUAUAAACAUUUAUUGUCAUCAUGUGAAUUAAUGUAUAGAUCUUUUCUUGGAUUUUAUUGUGAAAAAAAUGAAUUCCUCAAAUAUGAAAAAUGGCAAGUUCCUAGUCUAAUUAAAAAUAUUAUUUAUUCUUUUGGAUAUUUAGAAAAUUUUUAUAUAACAAAAUGUAUGGCUGCUAGACUACAAAUUAUUAAUGCACCAGAUAUAUUCAUAAAAUUUAAUGCAACUUCAAAGAGUGUACUCAUUUCAUCCUUACCAACUUAUAAAACUUAUAAAUCAAAAACAAACGAAUUUAAAUUAAAAAAUUAUGCUAAUGAAAAAUCAACAAAUAUUAAUACAUCAAAUAUAAAUAAUUAUAAUCAACAUAAUAUUAAUUAUGAUCAUCUAAAUGAUCAUGAUUCUUUAUAUGAUUAUAAUUUAAUAAAACCAAAUGAUCAAAGACAAGAUAUGCAAACACAUCCUUUAUAUUUUACUUUUCAAAAAUAUGUAUCUUAA